AUGGACAAGAAAGCGGUCUUACUCGACAUGGAAGAUCACGCAGUAGACAGUCUGAUCGUGGCCGUAGCUAACUUUCCCGAGCUGUGGAAAGUUAGCAUUCCGGAGUACAGCAGUAUGCCGAAAAAGGAGCGUGCGUGGAAGUCCGUUGCGGACGAGCUCAACCUCCCUGUCGAAUUUUGCAAGAAGAAGUGGAGCUUACUGCAUGACACUUAUAUGGAGAGAAGGAAAGCGGUGCAGAGGAGUGGCUCUGGAGCAGAGCAGGGGUCUAAAUGGAGGUACGUCAGUGCCCUGGCUUUCCUUGACCCGACCACAACCCCGCGCCCCACCACUAGCAAUAUGGAGAGUAGGGAGGAAGGGCCGGCUCUUGUUGGAGAGGGGGCUUCUGCACGCCUUGAAGAAGACAUGAGGGUGAGAUCUCCCGAGCCAGGGACGACAUUCGCAAGUGGCCCGCAGAGUCCUGUUGCUGCCUCUGCCUGCCACUCCAGGCUAGCCUUACCUCUGGAAACGCCUCCAGGCCCACGACGGAAGAGGACCAGGAAUGCCGAUCCUCCGCAGCAGGACAGCACUGGGGUGAUCGACGAGGAGUUCACCAUGGCGCGCCUCUACAUCAGUAAGAUGAAGUCGGAGGUGAAGACCAUGGUCAAGCGCAGCAAACAGCUGGAGAGGUCCCAGGCCGAGAGCACGCAGAGGACCAAGGACACUGAGAGGGAGCUGACGGCCUGCCAACUGCGCAUCUCCCAGCAAGAAGCAAAGAUAAAGGUGAUGUCAGAGAAUCUCCAGAGUCUGGAGCUGAAGAAGAGAGAGCUGGAGGAGACUGUGGACUCUCUCAAUGAGGAGAUCGUCCGACUGAACGCUCAGGGAGAGCUGAGCCUGGCCCAGGGGCUGUCAGAGAAAGUCAACGCAGGAGACAAGGAGAACGAGAGUCAGUUUGAGAACCAGUCUGUCGCCAAGCCGUCACUGAAAGCCUUCUCCUUCACGGACGCGGUGGAGAGGCAGAUCCGCUCCCACAGAGAGGCGCACCAGAAACAGAUCAGUAAGCUGCGGGACGAGCUGGACAGCAAGGACAAGCAGAUCACAGAGAUUCAGGAGCUGAACCAGAAGAUUGCGCUGGAGCAGGAGACCCUCAAAGUGGAGCAUGAGAAGCUGAAGACGGCGGACCUGGUGAAGGGCCAGCAGCUGCAGGAGCUUCAAGCGCUCUCGGACAGAAGAGAACAGGCCAGACAGGACCUCAAGGGCCUGGAGGAGACUGUGGUGCGGGAGCUGCAGACGCUGCACAGUCUGAGGAGGCUCUUUGUCCAGGACCUGUCGUCCAGAGUGCGAAAGAACUCUAACUUGGACCCUGACGACCCGAACAGCAGUGCGGCUCAGAGGCAGAAGAUCCACUUCCUGGAGAACAACCUGGAGCAGCUCACCAGGGUCCACAAGCAGCUGUUGAGGGACAAUGCUGACCUUCGCUGUGAGAUCCCGGCUCUGGAGAAGCGUUUCAGGGCCACCAUCGAGCGCGUCAAGGCCCUGGAGAGCGCGCUGAAGGAGGCCAAGGAGACCGCCGCCAAAGACCGCCAGCGCCACCUGCAGGAGAUGGAGCGCAUCAAGGAGACCGCGGCGCGCCCCAAGAACAUGGGCCGCAGAGCUUCUAUAGCCAAGCCCAUCCGCCCAGGCCAGCUGCCCAUGCCCAGCCCUGCAGUGGCCCGCGCCAUCAGCCUGAUGAAGGUCGGCACCAGCUGUUUUGAGGAUGAGGAGCUGGUGACCGACAGAGGCUGCGGAGGGCUGAGGGGAGGGGCAGAGCACAGACGAGCUCCGCGAACCCUGGGAUUCUACUACGCCUGGAUUAGCGUCAUCUCGCCCCCGCCGCCAGGAUCGGAGCGGACCCUUCAUCUGGUGUGUGGGCACGAUGAGCCUCUCUCUCCCCUGAGCUCCACGGUCACAGCCUCAGGUGUGGGGGACAUGGCCGACCGCGAGGCCCCGCCCAUGGCUCCGGGGCAGGUCUACAUCGAGGUGGAGUACGACUACGACUACAAGGCAAAGGACAAGCUGGUGAGCAUCCGCCAGGGCGAGUGUUACCUGCUGGUGAAGAAGACCAACGAGGACUGGUGGCAGGUGCGGAGGGACGAGGCCACCAAGACCUUCUAUGUCCCCGCCCAGUACGUGAGGGAGGUGAGGCGGGCGCUGCUGCCGCCGCUCAGGCCCAAGCCCACCGUGCUGGAGAUCUGCAGAGCCUCCAGCUAUGCAUCGGACGAGAACUUGAACCGGCCGCAGCCCGACAUGACCAGCUUCGGCCGCCCUCCCCCGUCCUCUACGCCCUCUCCCUCCUCAGACCGGGUCACUCCCCCGGCUCUGCCCCGAGACCCCAACCACAACCACACCCAGAGCCAGCCGCCGCCGCUGGCCAGCCCGCACCACUGCAGGGUGGUGGCCGAGCUUGUACUGCUUCACAACCACAACAACCAGAACGCACUACAGAGGACGCGCUCCGACUCGCCUCCGCUACGGGACGCUCUCAAGGCCCGGUCCCCGACAGAGCCACCCCCGGGGCAGCCACCUCCGGGACAGCCGCCUCCGGGGCAGCCGCUGCGACACGACUCUGAGUCUGGAGACGAGCUCAGCAGCAGCAGUACGGAGCGCACGCAGUGGGCUGUGGAUGAGGAGCAGGAGGAGCAGCAGGAGGAGGAGGAGGAGGAGCAAGAGGAGGGGGAGCAGGAGGAGGAGGAGGAGCAAGAGGAGGGGGAGCAAGAGGAGGGGGAGCAAGAGGAGGAGGAGGAGGAGGAGGAGCAAGAGGAGGGGGAGCAGGAGGAGGAGCAAGAGGAGGAGGAGCAGGAGGAGGAGGAGGAGCAAGAGGAGGGGGAGCAGGAGGAGGAGGAGGAGCAAGAGGAGGAGGAGCAGGAGGAGGAGGAGGAGCAAGAGGAGGGGGAGGAGGAGGAGGAGCAAGAGGAGGAGGAGCAGGAGGAGGGGGAGGAGGAGGAGGAGCAAGAGGAGGAGGAGCAGGAGGAGGAGGAGGAGCAAGAGGAGGGGGAGCAGGAGGAGGAGGAGGAGCAAGAGGAGGAGGAGGAGCAAGAGGAGGAGGAGCAGGAGGAGGAGGAGGAGCAAGAGGAGGGGGAGGAGGAGGAGGAGCAAGAGGAGGAGGAGCAGGAGGAGGAGGAGGAGCAAGAGGAGGGGGAGCAGGAGGAGGAGGAGGAGCAAGAGGAGGAGGAGCAGGAGGAGGAGGAGGAGCAAGAGGAGGAGGAGCAAGAGGAGGAGGAGGAGGAGCAAGAGGAGGAGGAGCAGGAGCAAGAGGAGGAGGAGCAGGAGCAAGAGGAGGAGGAGCAGGAGGAGGAGCCCACUCACUGUCUCCUACUCACCUACGGCCAGAUCACUGCAUCACAGAUUGUCGGAGCAAUGGGGCUAGAAUUAAGUGUUGAAAAGAACACAAUAUUAUAA